UAAAUGAAAAGCUCUGCGCUUUGCAGGGCUAUAAGAAGAAGAAAAAAGACUGAGCCAAGGACCUUAUAAAAGCCCUCCCUCCCUCCCUCUUUCUGUAAAGAAGACAAAUCGACAGCGUAUUCGCGCGUUUAGCAGCCUUGUUGAAGUGUUCUAAUAAUGUUUGGGCGUGCUCCAAGGAGGAGUGACAACAACAAAUAUUAUGAGGUUCUGGGCGUGUCAAAGGGUGCAAGUCAAGAUGAACUGAAGAAGGCUUAUAGGAAAGCUGCCAUAAAGAAUCAUCCUGAUAAAGGUGGAGAUCCUGAAAAGUUCAAGGAGUUGUCUCAAGCUUAUGAAGUCCUUAGUGAUCCAGAUAAAAGAGAUAUUUAUGAUCAAUAUGGGGAAGAUGCACUUAAGGAGGGGAUGGGACCUGGUGGCAGCGACGGUCAUAAUCCAUAUGAUAUAUUUGAAUCAUUUUUUGGUGGAGGUGGUUUUGGUGGUGGUGGCAGCUCAAGAGGAAGAAGGCAGAAGCAAGGUGAAGAUGUAGUGCACCCUCUGAAGGUUUCCUUGGAGGAUUUGUACAAUGGAACUUCCAAGAAACUCUCUCUUUCUAGAAACAUUUUGUGUGCCAAAUGUAAAGGUAAAGGCUCAAAGAGUGGAGCCUCUGGGACAUGUCGUGGCUGCCAAGGUACUGGAAUGAAAGUUUCAAUCCGACAGAUUGGAUUGGGCAUGAUCCAACAAAUGCAACAUGUGUGUCCUGAAUGCAGAGGCUCAGGUGAGCUAAUUAGUGAGAAGGAUAAAUGCCCUCAUUGCAGAGGGAAUAAGGUAACGCAGGAAAAGAGGGUGCUGGAAGUGCAUGUUGAAAGGGGAAUGCGACAUGGCCAGAAGAUAGUUUUUGAAGGUCAAGCUGAUGAAGCUCCUGACACAGUUACAGGGGAUAUUGUUUUUGUAUUGCAACUGAAAGAGCACUCCAAGUUUGAACGGAAAAUGGAUGAUCUCUUUGUGGAACACUCUGUCAGUUUAACAGAGGCUCUUUGCGGGUAUCAGUUUGCCCUUACCCAUCUCGAUGGUCGGCAACUUCUUAUUAAAUCAAAUCCUGGGGAGAUCUUAAAACCUGGUCAAUACAAAGCAAUUAAUGAUGAAGGAAUGCCACAUCAUAACAGGCCCUUCAUGAAGGGCAAGCUCUAUAUCCAUUUUAAUGUGGUGUUCCCCGACUCGGGGACUCUUACCCCUGAGCAGUGCCGUACUUUAGAGACUAUAUUACCCCCAAGGCAAAGCAAAAACUUGUCAGAGAUGGAGUUGGAUAAUUGCGAAGAGACAAUUAUGCAUGAUGUCAAUAUUGAGGAGGAGAAAAGGCGGAAACAGCAGCAGCGCCAGCAGCAGGAGGCAUAUGAUGAGGAUGAUGAUGAAGAAGAAUCACCUAUGCCCCGAGUGCAGUGUGCCCAGCAGUAAGCCAGAUAUUACAGUUCUAUUAUAAUUUACGUCUUUUCCAGCUGGAUUCUUUACUCUUGCUUUAUGUCGAUGAUCUAUGGUUUGUGUUAUUUAUCCCCCAUUAGUCAGUUUUUUGACAGUUGAAUUAAGAUGUGCUGAUAUAUACAUGGAUUCUAUAAUAUUUUAUUCCAUAGACCAUCUCAAAAAUUUUCUCCCA